UUGCGACGAGGCAGCGGAGCUGAUGGGGGCAGUGGAACAAGGCCAGGGAAGGAAGUGCGCGCCGGGGAAAGCCUAAGGGAUCGAGAUCCCUCGUUUAUAUGAACGUAUGAAGAACCGGGGUUGCAGUGGGUGGGGAGGAGGAGGGGGAUGAAGGAUUGAUUCAUUUGUUGGUCUUGUGUUGUGGUGGUGAUAAUUUAUUGCUGUUGUUAUUGCUGGUGCUGGAACCGUGUGGCGUAAGGAGGAGCUCGAGCGGUUCAGAAUGAUUCAGGUUCAUUGUCAGGGCGUGUCCGGGCACCGGGCGUAGUUACUGUAAAUUACCGCCCUGACGACUUAGUCAGCGGUCUGGUCUUUUGACUCGUGGUCGAUGAGACAAACUAAAGUCGAGAAUCAGAGACAUCACAUCCUCCAGUUCCUCCAGUUCCUCCUCUCCUUUCUCCCUCGUAUCCAUCCAACCAGAACCACUCGGUCGAUCUUCCCAAUUCCUGCUGUGACGGAUCCUGUCACCCUCGGCAUUUGUCCAUCAACCGCAGCCGUUGCCCGGAAAGUGGAGACUGCAAGGUUUGGUUCAAUUCAGGGGCAUCAAAAUAUUGAUUUCGCAUUGCCUAAUGGUUACUCGGCCGCCCCGGGGGGUUUGCUUCUGCGAUCAACCCGGGUUGCAGGCGCAGGGCUGCAUUUGCAUCCCAUCUCCAGCUCCUCCAGGCUUCCCCCAACUGUCCCAGAUGCCUUUGUUCCUCCUCGGUCCACCCCGUCCAGUUCGCCUCUUCUCUCCAGCCCAUCCCCAGCUCCCUCAACCCCCCUCCCCUCCACUCAGGGGGUUCGCUUGCGCGCGCAGACCGUUUCAGAUCUGCUUGUCAUCACCACUAGCCAUCUAGUUGCUGGCUAGGCCCGACUCGGCAGGUUUUAUGGCCGAACAAUCAAUAAUCUAAUUUAAUCCCAGAAACCUUGGGCUGCUGGCUCGCCUGCGGCCUGUUUCGUCGUGUUUCGCGUUCGUCCUUUUUUCUUUGUCA